AUGAAAUACCAGUGCAGCAACACCCCGAAGGAGUGCGAGAGAAACAACGGCAUCUGCAUCAACAGAAUGGACAACUGCGCUGGCAAGACGCAGAAUAAUCUCUGCGAGAACGAGCACUGCACUUGCUGCAAGAAGGACGAGUGCGGCAAGACGUCGUCCAAGUGCUCCAGCAAGAGAGGCAAAUGCAUCAACAUCAUGGACUACUGUGACGGGAAGACAGACAGCGAUCUCUGCGACGGCAACAACUGCACGUGCUGCUACGAUUCCAAAUGA